AUUGCCUUGCCGCUUAAAUUCGUAGAGCGCAGUGGUGAAAAGGCGUUCGCGAGGCCUAUGUUUGUUCAAUGCGCAAAGCCUGCCAGGUCUAAGCACAUGUGCACCAAUGUGAGAUCACGCUUUCUGGCCGCUCCCGCAAAGUCGCGUCCGUCCAACGACGCGUCUGUUUCUGCUCGAGCUUCAUCACACAACUAUGUCAGCCACGGAUCCAGAAACCGAGGAGCGCCUAAAAUCUGCCCUCUGGUACCACAUUGGCCAACUCACGGACAGCACACUGCUUGAUUCCGGCUCGGAAAACAAUGCUACACCCCAGUUUAUAGGUGCACUUACUGAGCUCGUUUGGGCACAAAUCGCCAAUACUGCUAAGGAUCUUGAGAGUUUCGCGAAGCAUGCUGGACGGACACAGAUCAACACUGACGACGUAAUGUUGCUAUCGCGCAGAAAUGAAGGUCUGGAGACUCUCUUACAAGACUAUGUCAAGGAAUUAAGACGGGAAAAUAGAGAGUCGGCCACAAAGGGACCUUUGAAAGGAAAGGGUGUGAGGAAAUAGUUGGCAAUGUCAUGAGUUAGAGUGAGGACACGAGUUUGGGCGUUCCAAGGGCUUGCUUUCACGCUUCGAGAUACCACGGGAAUAACUUCAGACAUAGUUACGGCGCGGUUAUGAGAUACGAUGGGAUCAUAAUACGUUAUGUCAAUAUCAUCGACCCUAUCCAGUAUGAUGACUGUAUGUUUCGUCUUUUCGACGAUUGUGGCCCACAUUCACC